UCCCUCGGCGGCGCCAUUGCGGCUAGUGGUCCCGAGCCCUGCGAGCUCCCAGCCCUGCCGCCAUCACCCGGACCAUGGCCACCGACUCCUGGGCUCUGGCGGUGGACGAGCAGGAAGCGGCCGCCGAGUCGUUGAGCAACUUGCACCUGAAGGAGGAGAAAACGAAGCCAAGCUCCAAUGGUGCUGUUGUCAAGACAGAUGACAAUGCAGAGAAAACAGAAGAUGAGGAAAAAGAGGACAGAGCUGCCCAAUCCUUGUUAAACAAGCUGAUUCGCAGUAAUCUGGUGGACACAACAAACCAAGUGGAGGUGCUGCAGAGGGAUCCUACAUCACCUCUCUACUCUGUGAAGUCUUUUGAGGAGCUGCGACUGAAACCCCAGCUCCUGCAGGGUGUCUAUGCCAUGGGCUUCAACCGACCCUCGAAAAUACAGGAGAAUGCUCUGCCCAUGAUGCUUGCUGAACCCCCACAGAACCUGAUUGCACAGUCUCAGUCUGGUACUGGUAAGACAGCUGCCUUUGUCUUGGCCAUGCUCAGUCGAGUUGAACCCGGGAACAAGUAUCCACAGUGUUUGUGCCUUUCCCCAACAUAUGAGCUGGCACUUCAAACAGGAAAAGUAAUUGAACAGAUGGGAAAGUUUCAUCCGGAGCUAAGUCUUGCAUAUGCUGUCCGAGGCAAUAAAUUGGAGAGAGGUCAGAAGAUCUCUGAGCAGAUUGUAAUUGGCACUCCGGGCACUGUCCUGGACUGGUGCUCCAAACUGAAAUUCAUAGACCCCAAGAAGAUUAAAGUGUUUGUCCUGGAUGAGGCUGAUGUGAUGAUAGCAACCCAGGGCCAUCAAGAUCAGAGCAUCCGCAUUCAGAGAAUGCUCCCCAGAGAUUGCCAGAUGCUCCUAUUUUCUGCCACCUUUGAAGAUUCUGUAUGGAAAUUUGCCCAAAAAGUUGUUCCCGACCCCAACAUCAUCAAACUGAAGCGAGAGGAGGAGACGCUGGACACCAUUAAGCAAUACUAUGUUCUGUGUAAUAAUCGAGAUGAGAAGUUCCAGGCUCUCUGUAAUAUAUAUGGAGCCAUCACCAUUGCCCAGGCCAUGAUCUUCUGUCAUACUCGUAAAACAGCGGGCUGGCUGGCAGGAGAGCUGUCGAAAGAAGGUCACCAGGUGGCAUUGCUAAGUGGUGAGAUGAUGGUGGAACAAAGAGCUGCAGUGAUCGAGCGUUUCAGAGAGGGCAAAGAGAAAGUGCUGGUGACCACAAAUGUCUGUGCCAGAGGGAUUGAUGUAGAGCAGGUCUCUGUGGUUAUCAACUUUGACCUUCCUGUGGAUAAAGAUGGCAACCCAGAUAAUGAGACUUAUCUGCAUCGGAUUGGGCGUACAGGUCGUUUUGGCAAGCGAGGACUGGCUGUUAACAUGGUAGACAGCAAGCACAGCAUGAAUAUUCUCAACAGAAUUCAGGAACAUUUCAACAAAAAGAUAGAAAAACUGGAUACUGACGACUUGGAUGAAAUUGAGAAAAUAGCCAACUGAAACGCAGCUGCUGGAACUGAUGUACGCCCUCCUGUGGUAGCUCUCCCACUACAAUUGGCUCAGCGUUCAGAUUGGCACACCUUUUGGCCAGUCAUGAAAAGGACUCUUAAGAUCUAAAUACACAGAAAUUACCUCACUUUAAAAAUUGCAGUUGGACUUAAAAUUGUGCCGCUCUGUGGAAGAAGAGGAAAUGUUUACAGAAGCUUUUAACAUUUCUUAGUUUAGCCUUAAAAUGGAAACAUGUUUUAAAUUCUAAGAAAUAGAUUUGCCAAAAAGUGGCCAAUACAUAAAUAU